AUGAGCCGAUUUGUCCGAGUUAGGACCUCUGACCUAAUUACUGCUGUUUGGAUACCAUUCCCCAAAGAGUGGAACAUGAAGCCCAUCGCUUGGUUUCCUGGUGGGGUCCUUGACCUUGAAGGCUGGGUCCGAAAGCCGGCUUCCAUUUCCUCUUAUUUGGAGCGUUGCUGGCGUGAUUUGGCCAAAGGUCGUUGGGAGGCCAAAAACCAUGGUCUUGGAGAUGCCGUUGCUAUGCGGCCAGCUUCGGAUGAUGAAGAAGAGGUUCUGAAGUCUUCUAAAGAAAGAAAGAGAAAAAGGGAGUCACCCGUAAAUCCCCCGAAGCCUAAGAAGAGCGUGGAUCAACGGUCCAAGGUCGAUACGGCGGCCUUAUCUCCGGAAACGGCCCAACGCCUUCGAGAUCAGGAGGAAGAAGAAGAUAACGACUACCUGUUGGUAGCUCAUAAAAGAAAAAAUGCCGGUGCUUCGAAGUCUGUUGAGCCGGUGAAGGUCGUUAUAGCUCAUUCCAGAGUCGAAAAAAUCUCCGAUGGGAGGCUUGAAGAUGGCCCCGACCCGGAUGCUUCUUUCAUUUUUGAUGAGGCUCGUAGACUUUUUAAACAAGCCGUGGUGCUCCACAAAAAGGCAUUUUCCAAAUCUCAAACUGAUCUUGCUCGAUGUGAGGCUGAGCAUAAAAAGGUUUCGAAAGAGAGGGACGAUCUUAAGGCCCUCUAUGUUAAGAAAGAGAUGGAGAUCAAUGGUUUACGAGUUGAAUUGGCACAGGCUUGCCAGGGACGGGUCAAGUAUGUCGAGAAGGAGGCCGACUUGGUGGCGCAGCUUCGGGAGGAGCUUAAGAUGAAAGAGGCCGAGACCCUAGGUGUAAAGGAGGAGAGCUUAGCUCGCGACUGCAAAAUCGGGGAGCUUAAAGCUAAAUCUGCUGCCGAGUUGGCCAAGGCCAGAUCUGACAUUGAGGCAAUUAUAUCUUCGUACCGAGCCGAUGCUGAAGCAGCUAAUGCUCGAGCCAAGGAGUUUUCUUCUGCAGCAGAAGUUAAGUUAUCAAGUGCACUUGAUCACGCUAGGCGACAAUCCCGAAGGGUAACCCUCGGGGAGGUACAUGCUCGCGGCUUCAUUCUCUCUGCCGAUAUCGAAAGGGCGAGGAUUUUAAAAGAAGAAGUUGCCGCUCUGCUUUCCGAUGAAGAUGAUUCUGCCAGUGGCUCCAAGAGUGGGGGAGAUGAAGAUGGAGUCCUCGAGGAUGAGGCUCUCGAAGAUGCGACUGCCGAAGAUGUAACUCCGAAGUAG